UCUGGGCAAGACUAACAAAAGAGGCAGGCUCAGCACCACCAUCUUUCAGGCCAUCGACAUGAGCAACAUUAUCGACCGGUCAAAUCCACCGGAUUACAAACUGUUUGGGAUUGUCACGGGGGCGAUUGCGGCGAUCGCUGUCACCGCAGCUGUAAUUGGAUGUUUGACUGCAAAGCUUUGCAAGAGGCGUCGACAGAAGCAGAUCGACAAGGUAUUGGUUCAGCAAGCUGCGAGUCACGAUGCCGAUGCUGCUGCCAACGCCAACACCACCGCACGGACUUCCACCUCGACUGGAUCGUCGUUGGCCCAGACAGUGGUUGCACAGCUAGAUGAAGAAGAUGCCGUUAUGAAACGGAGAACAGAGGGGCUCCUAGCGCGGAAUGCCUUCAUCGGACGUGAAGAGGAGGGGUACCAGAAAAAGAUUCGAGCCAAACAAAGAGAAGAAACGGAGCUCCCCGUGCGCCUUGGGGAUCUACUCCGUUGGGCAAAGAGGACGUUGUCGGGAGAAGAUAUAGCUCCUCGUCAAGCAGGUAUACCAGAAAAUAAAGGUCACGUGGAUAUACCUCGAGAGACGAAGACGUCGCCAACGAUGCGGCAAAGCCGGGUUGCGGCACUUGAUACAAGCACGAGCUAUGAGGAUCCGCAGCAAAUUUUGCUUGACCUGGAAGCCCAAGUUCACAAGCCCGAUUGGACUAAGCAGAAGGAAGAAGGUGGUGCUAUGGGCCGAGAAGGGGGACAGGAUGGUGGCAUAAAAGGGCGGCAAUGA